GAAGACGACGAUUUUGGAAAUUCGGAAUGGAAUGGAGUCUGCGAUGGUAAAUAAAGAGAUUGCAGCGUAUGCUGUCAUAUUGGUCUUUAAAUGUUUUUUGGUCUAGGAUAUGGAGUUGGGGCACAGAGUAUGCAUACGAGACCUAAACCCUCAAAUUGUAUGCAUCCUCUGUGCUGGUUACUUCAUUGAUGCGACAACGAUCACAGAGUGUCUGCAUACAUUUUGUAAAAGUUGCAUAGUAAAAUAUCUACAGAGCACAAAAUAUUGUCCAAUGUGCAAUGUCAAAGUACAUGAAACCCAGCCAUUGUUAAAUUUGAAGAUAGACAGGACUCUUCAAGAUAUCGUCUAUAAAGUUGUUCCGGGUCUGUGGGACAAUGAGAUGAAGAGAAGGCAAGAAUUUGAAAAGAUGAGAGGCUUGAAACAGUAUGAUGGAGAAGAAUCUGCUGAUGGAUUGGUUGAUGAUGGUGAUGAUUCUUCUGCAUCCACUCAACACUAUUUUAUGCGUGAUGAGCUAAUUCACAUUUGUUUACAACCUCUUGAAAGUGGCUUCCACUCUAAAGGACCAAAGUUCCCAGAAAAGAAAUUUGUUAGAUGUUCAGUUAGAGCACAAGCCUUUCAUCUGAAAAAGUUAAUAAGGAAAAUUUGGCCAGUUUCCACUAAUGAGAUGAUUAUCAUGUGCAAUGGUGAAGUGAUUCCUGAUAAUCAUUGCCUAAAAAGGAUAUGGUUAUCACAUGGUAAAGAAGUUAGUCCGCCUUUGAAGUUACAGUUCUUGGUCACGACUUAAAGUCUGUUUUGGUGCCUUUUAUAAUAACUGCUGUGAAAGAGUAUCUUAUAAAAAAGCACAUGUAGAAAGGAGAAAAAUAUUUUUUCAAGAUAGAGAUAUGUAAAAAUAUUUGUUUGUCAAAUGGAUAUGUAUAGAUCUGUUUUCGUUCAUAUUUUUUUACUUUCUGUAUAAAUGAAAACAUUAGCAUUCUGUUCCAUCAUAAAAAGUGCAAAACUAGUCCAGUAACAAUCUAUGAACUCAACUGCGCUAUUAAAGCAAACGUAUACGUUAAAAGUUGCAAUGAAAAAAAAUUAAAUCUUUGAAAGUUUAUUUUAUUCUUUACCUAAUUUGAAAUUUUCUAUCGUGUGUUUAAAAUCUUAAAUAAUUAUUUUAAAGUAUUAAAACUAUAAUUUUAGAUCUAAAUUUUUAUUUUGAAGGAAGGUUGAGCUUGAAAAAAGCGUACCGAAUUCUUUCCUACAUUUGUAAAUAUGAUAUGGCUUCCAUGUUGUCAAGUGUGAUGUUAAGUCAUAAGACUAAUUCUAUUAUUAUUAUCUUUGUUAAAUUAUUUUGGCUUAGUGUAUAUAUUAUUCCAUUAGCUUUUGUUAAUGCUGUGUGAAUCUUUUUUAUUUAGUUCAUUUAAAUUUCAAAUGUUUAAAUUUAUUGACCAGUUUUGUCCUAUAAAUGUCUAUAAUUUAUACCCAUGCACAAUGGAACUUCAAAGAUAAUUUAUUUUAAUUUUCGUUUUAUUGCUGACUAAAUGUGCAAACUUGUAUAUUUGUAGAGGAUUAAACUUGAAAAUGUUUCUCAAACAAAAAAUUUUGUGCAAUAAGUGUUGUUAUGUAUGUAUGCAUUACAGAAAGAUUUUAAACUGCUCCUCAAGUAAAAAGUGAUCUGCUUAAUAUUUGCCUUAAAUCCCUCUUUAGCGUGCUCUUGUUAAAUGCAAUCAAGUUUUUAGUGAUAAAUGUUUUAAAAUAGCUCCUUUGAUUUUAAACUUUUUUCCUCUUCAUAUAUUUAGUUAUGUUUGUGUUUUACAUACUGGGCAAUUCCAUGGUGUCGGACGUAAAAAAUGAAGAAAAAUUUCUCAGUUUUUAUUCCAGUUACCAAACAUAAACUGUUCAAAAAUGAUGUUAGUUUUUCAAAAUAGAUCCCUAAAGUAUAAAUUAAAAAAAUUUAAAGAGUUGGUGUUGGACGUAAACACUCAAAUAGUAAAAUUGAUGGUUCACUUAAAAAUUAUUAAAAGUCUGUGAAUUGGCUUACAUUUUAAUUUUAAAAACAGCAUAAUUCUAAAGUACACUUAUGAUUGAAGCAUAUUUCAGUUUUCAAAUGAUAUUAUAAAGAAUAAAAUUAUUUAAAAAAAUAUUUUAAGCUUGGUGUCGGACAUAAAUUGUUCAUAUUGGAUGUAAACUAUUGCUCUUAAAUGUAAAUACAUAACAAUGAUUACAGUUAUAAAUAUGUAAAUUAUAGUUUACAUAUACUGAAACAAAAUUUACCAAGUAAAUUCAAAAGUAGGGUUGAUUGGGGGAAAUGGUACACUGGGGUAAUUGGGUCUCACCCCCAAAAACUGAAAUAUCCAUAUGAUUUUUAUACUUUUUUACAUUGAUCAUGCCAUGGUUCAUCAUAGUGAUUAGUUUUGCAUACAUUUGGGUUACGUGGAAUUUUUUUUUCUAGUUCAGAGAACUUAGUCAACAAAAAAAAAUCUGAAAAUUUUUUGGUGAGUUUAAGCAGCAUUUUUCAAAGAAGUGUUUCCCGGUUAGCAUUUAUUUUUUUUUUAUGAUCAUUAAACAUUCAUGUACGUACAGUUUAACUUAAGUGCAUACUGCAAUCAGAAUUUUUGAGUAAAAUAUUAUUAAAAACUGUUUUAAAGGAGGGGCCCCACUUACCCCGUAAAAUUUCGCUAUAAGACAUCCCCGCACUGUGGGGUAAAUGGUUCCCCCCCUAACAGUGAGGAUUUUAAAAUCAAAAGCAGCUUUGAUGAAAUAUUUGUAUUAGUGAAAUACAAGACAACUAUGAUGACUUAGUGGGAAUUGAUAGUUCAGCUACAAAAGCUGGUGAUUAGUUAUUUGUGAAACUUACCUGGAAGAAAACCAUCAAGAUUUAUAUGGGUUGAAUGUUGAUAAUGGUUCUUCCUUAGCCAACUUUACAUAGACGCAGUCAUUUAGUGUUUCCAAUUUCUUUUUCCACUUAUAGUUUUCAAAUUUGCCAAAAUUGAUCUUAAUCAACUGGAUUACAUUCAUUCAACACAUCUUUUCUCAAAAGGGGUCCUACUUACCCCUAUCAACCCUAAAUGUGUAUACAAUAAAUUCACUAAGUUGUUUUUUAUGCAUGUUUCACUUUAACUUUGAAAUUAAAGGCGAAAAAAGGAGAAACACAGUUGAAAACAUAUGUUGUUUAAAGGAAUGUAACAGUGUCGGACGUAAAAAAUUUUUUACGUCCAACACCUAGAUUUGAGUAAAAAAUAUUCACUUGUUACAAAAUGAAAAUAGGUUACAUCAAAGAAAUUGAAAUUCUUACUUUGUACCCAAAAAUACAUGUAUGUAGCUUUAAAAUUAUUGGCUCAGCAUAACUAACUGCACAUUUUGGUGUCGGACGUAAAACACUUAUUAUACCAUAGAGGAAUUCUUUUACAAAUAAAAAUGAAUUAUAUUUUGACACAUUUUUGUAACAUCACCAGUAACACAUUGUAUCUUUAAAUGGUUAUUCAUAUCAAUUCAUAAUAUUAGUAUGUAUUUUUUGGAAAAAACAGAUUUUCUUUGAGAGUCACCAAAUAUGGUUUGAAAAUACUCAAGAUGUUGACCUUGGUUUAACCUGCUGUAACUUAUUUAUAACUGAAGUGAUCAAAUCUUAGACAGGCAUUUCAAAAUAUACAACUCUUUACCUUUAAAAUGACACCUCAUUUGUUUCAAAAUUUUAAUUUUGAAAAUUUAAUUAUCUGGUUGACCUUAUCAUGGAAUUGCCCUACUUCUCUUUUUUUUAAACAUGUGCCCAAGUAUGUUCUAAACUGUAAUGUUAUAAUAUCAUGUAUUUAAAAGAAUCUUUACUUAGUUGUUUUAAUGAAAGGUAUUUAAAAUAUCUUGGAUUUUAAACCCAAGAUUUUCUCUUUGGGAGAUUAGGUUUCUCUCAAAAAUGAUAAUUUUGAGAGAAAUUAAUUUAUAUAUAUAAAAAAGGGAACCACAUAAUAAUUUAGUGGUAAUGAACAACAUUUUAUUUUAAAUUAUUUUUCGUUUUUCUUGUUGCUGAUGUUUAUGAAUUUGGUAUAUUAGAGUUUAUUAUUUGAUUUUAAAAGGCAAAAAAUAAGGAAAUUAAACAGAAAAAAUAAGUUUGAUUUUGAGUCGAAGGGAAUUUUGUCAACAUGCAUCAAUGUAUAUAUGUAUGCUUUAAAAUGUUUGAGUGUUAAAUUUUAAGUUUUUCUUUAACUGUUAUUAUUUAUCCCCUAGUGUGAAAUGCACUAUAUUUAUGAUUUCAAAUGUAUUACAGGCAAAAUGCAAUCUGUUUUGGGAUCCUGUAUAUCAAAUAAUUUCGAUAUGGAAAGUGCAAUUAGGUCAUAUCGUCCGUAAAAGGACGUUAGUUUGUUAUUGUUGAAUUAUUUUGAAAUUUUAAUUCAGGAAAUUAAAUUUAGUUGAAUGUUAAGGUAUGAUUACAGAUAAUUAACUGACCGUGGAUAUAAUUCAAAAGUGAUGCACUAUUGAUCUAUAAAAUAUUUGAAAUUGAGUGUUUAUCAUAAUUUUAGCUAUUGAAAAUUAUUGUAAUGUGCUUUUUUGAAUAUGCAUAUGUUUUUUGUUUUUGGUUUAAAAACUGUGUAUAUUUAUUAAAAAUUCACAACUUUUUGUUUAAAUCUGACGGUAUAAGCUAUGUUUAAUAUCCUUUCUCAUUUCAAUUGCUGGAACUCUGUGGGCAUUCUAGAAUUCCGUUCCUGGAUAAAACCAUUUUUCACCCCCUUUGAAAUGUUACUAUACUUACAUGAAAGCAAACCAUGUAUGUUUUGAAAAAAAAAUAGUUAGUAUUCCAAUCAUAAUCCUGGAAAAAAAAAGUUGUAAUGUAUGUAAAAAUCCAUUAGCGUACUUAAGUUGAUUACUUUCUAAUUUUGAACCAAUAAUAUUUUUUAAAGAAAAAAGCUUUUAAUUACUUGAGGUUCAAUUGUUGCAAUAAGAUAAUAGCAUAAAAUUUGUAAAGCAUUUACUAACUCCUGAAAAAAAAAUUGAAUGACCCAAGUUUUUACAUUUUUUCAGGAAAAAACUUGUAUUUAUUUGAGGUUCAACUAUUGCAUUUUUUUUUAAUAGCAACGAAUUUGCGAAAUACUAGGCAUUUGCGAAAAACAUUCAAUAUGAAUGAUGAAUUGCUUUUCAUGCAUAUUUUAUUUUUAUGUCUUAAACUGAAUCCAACAUUUAAGUAACUAACGGACGCCCUGACGGGAGACCAUUGUGACCUGCCAAAAAAUUACUUAUUCGACAAAUUUUGUCUGAUAAUUCGGUAAAUUUGGAGACUGUAUUAUAAUAUUAUUGCAGUUAUUGCUAUUAUUUUAUUUAUUUUUAAGUGCCUACAGUGUCUUUUCAUCAGAUGUGGGUAUGUACAUGGACGUAUUUUGUGAUCCAGUAAUAUUAGGAGUUUCAUUUGAUAAAGUAAUAUCCUCCCUCCUAAAAGUUCAAGCUCAGGGCUUCCCGGUAAACAGAUCUUUAAUUGCAGUUAUCUGAAUAAUUGAUGCAUCAUAACUAAGAUGGAGGCAGAACUUAUCCCAAGAACACCAAGUAGGUACUGAUUUUUCUCCCAGUUUACAUGUUUUUCUUUUCAAAGAAAUAAAAGAAAGAAGCAAUUAGUGAAGAAAAAUGAACAUGAAAGAAAGCGAGGUUGCAAGACAUACAAAAUGUUCUUGUUAUUAAUCCCCCCCCCCCCCCCCACCUUAGUCUUGACACCUAUUUACAGGUGCUUUGUGUUUAGAUUCACACGAUAUAUGAGACUAAUUUACAUCGUUGAUCGUUGUAAGAAUCUCUCGGAGUGGUGCAAGGAAACUUAUAAUUCUACUUUGCUACUCAUUCAUUUCUAACCAGACGUUUUCAUUUGAAGUUGCAAAAUUAAUUGAUUUGUGUAGAACCAAAAUAUUGAAAAUGCUUUGGUUAAAGAAUAGCCCCAAAUUUGGAGAUAAACAUUUUGAAAAGAGUUUAAAUAGAAUGUAAGGAGUGAAGUUGAGAUAGAAAAGUAUAACUUUUUUGGUGCCUCCCCCCCCCCCACCGAAGAAAUAUGGUGCUCCCUCUCAAAUACUAUGUAGCCCCCCUCCCCCCUAAAAUUUUCAAUGCUAUAAUCUGCACCUCGAGUCCCUCACCUCUGGGCCAACUUAUAGAAGAAAAAUCUGUUUUUGGAGUGUUUUCAUAUGAAUAAGAUUCGUUUCAGCAAUUGCAAUUUUGCCAAUUGUUACUUCUAUUCUGGACCAAUAGCACUAUCAAUUUGCUUUUAGUUGAUUGUAAACGUAUUACAUUCAAUAUCUUUUUUAAUAGGUUUUAAUAUUCACUGUGUAUAAAAUUCACAUAUCCAAAAUUAUGCUUUAUGAGCCAUCUACAGUGUUUUCUUUUUUUCCUUAACAAUCUUUUUAUUAUUGAGUUUUAUGAGAAGGAUUUUUUAUUUUGAUCCGUACGCUUUGCAAGUGGUAUCUUAUUCUAUGCUUCGAAUAAUGUUGUGAAAACUAUGUCAAUAUAAUUUCACUUUUAAUUAGCAAUUUUUCAAUUCAGUAUGGUGAGUUUUGAAUAUUUUAAUGCUAAAAAUCUUCAGAAAUAACAUGGCAUUUGCAUCUCUUGUUAAAAUAUUUUGAGAUCUUAUAUUAUAAUUUCAGGCAUAAAGGAUAAUGCAAUAUCUGUGCAGAAGAAAUAUUGUUAGCUAACGCAAUCUUCUGAAAUGUUAUAUAUAUUUGUGACGGAUGUCAAUUGAGAUUGGUGUUGUGAUCCCUGUGUCACAUAUGUGUGUUUAUUCCAUGCAUUUUUGAAAACAUUUAUGUCGAUUGUUUCUAGGAGAAACCUUUUGUUUUUAUGAAAUUUUAUGUAUAAAAAAAGUUUCGAUACAGCAUAUGUACUUAAUAAAAAAUUUUAUG